GGCUCUGGAGCGGAGCCCGCGGCGCAGGGACGGGGCUAGCUGUUCUCUGUGCUUCAUGGCCCCCGCGGCGGCCCGGGUCUCCGAGCUGCGCCGCGCCGGGAACGAGCAGUUCCGCAACGGCCAGUACUGUCAGGCGGCCGCGCUCUACAGCCAGGCGCUGGGGCUGCUGGAGGCGGCAGGGGAGAGGAAUGCUGAGGAAGCGAGUGUCCUCUAUUCAAAUCGAGCUGCCUGCUACUUGAAGGAUGGAAAUUGUAGCCUCUGUGUUAAGGACUGUUCAGUUGCACUGGACCUGGUCCCUUUUGGAAUCAAACCCCUACUGAGGCGGGCAGCAGCCUAUGAAGCUCUGGAGAGAUACCAGUUGGCCUACGUGGACUACAAGACUGUAUUACAGAUUGAUUGCACUGUACAGGCUGCACAUGAUGGUGUCAACAGAAUGACAAAAGCCCUGUUGGAGAAGGAUGGCCUCGAGUGGCGCCAGAAGCUCCCACCAAUUCCUUCAGUUCCCGUUUCUGCUCAGCGAAGAUGGGACUUUCCUCCUGCAGGAAGCCAGGCGGCUGCCCCAAGACUCAAAGCAACUGAAACUGCAUCUCUAGAAAAACAAGUGCCUACUGCUGCUAUGAUUGAAAGAGCAAAAACUUUGAAGCAAGAAGGAAAUGAACUUGUGAAGAAAGGGAACCAUAAGAAAGCUAUUGAAAAGUACAGCGAGAGUCUAAAACUCAGUAACCAAGAAUGUGCAACUUACACCAACAGAGCUCUUUGUUACCUGUCUCUGAAGCAGUACAAGGAAGCAAUACAAGACUGCACAGAAGCUCUGAAGCUAGAUGCUAAAAAUAUUAAGGCGUUUUACAGACGUGCUCAAGCAUUUAAAGAACUAAAGGAUUACAAAUCAAGCCUGACUGACAUUAACAGCCUUCUGAAAAUUGAACCAAAGAACAUAGCUGCACAGAAGCUACUGCAAGAAUUGAACAAGAACUUAAAAUAAAGAGGAGCAUGAAAUCUGUCUGCUCUUUACUGCAGAAGACAGGCUUUCCUUUUAAUACUGAUACAGGGGCCAAACACUGUAGGGCCAGCUCUGAAACCUACCGUCCCGAUUUGCUGAGUAGUAGCUAGUUCUCGGCUGCUUAAUUACACGUACAUUAACUUGAACCAUCUAUAUCAAACCUGGUAUCUCCCUGUAAGAUCUUUAAAAGUUUUAAAUGAUCUUGUCUUUGAGAAACAUUCAGGUUAAUUUCCUUGGUAUAAGAUAAUUUUGUAAACUCAUUAUUUAUUUAAGUUAAUCUGUCUGCAAAGAUGGGUGUGGGCUGGGGCAUGUAUUCAAGAGCAGUAAACUGAGUUUAUGGUAAUAUGUACUCAGAUUGGAGAGAAGCAGAUCUGCUGUGUAUACUGCUUCUGCUUGCUUAAACAAGCCACUUACAAAGGCUGCUGCAUGAGAAAUUAAAGUCAGGGUUUCCCUAGCACAGUUCCAGAUCCUUUAAAUAUGAGGUGAGACCUCUACAAGAAUAAAUGGCUCAGGUGUUCCCUGUCUUAGCUGGUGCCUACUGGCCCAAAGCUGCUUUUGUUUAGAGUAACUGUUCAGAAGCUUGCAGCUGCUUCGACAUAGCUCUUAUCCCCCACAGAAACAACCACCAAAUAUUUAAUUUAAA